AAGAAAGAAGCUGACGUGGACGCGGAGAGACGAGAGAGAGUGGAAAGGACACAAACCCUAAACCCACAACACAAUCCACGCCCUGCGCCGCCGCCUUCCCCACCUCCGCCUCCGCCUCCGCCUCCGCUGCCGCCGCGGCCCGCUGAAAUAUCCGCUGUCGCCGCCGUUUCAGACUUUCGACGGAAUAAAAAGAACAUUUCCAGUUGCGAAAAUAAAUAAAAUGGAAAUUGAUUUGUGCUAGUGCAGUACGAAGCCAUUUUUUUUUUCUUUCGAAGAAAAAGAAUAUUAAUUUAUAAUAAUAACCUAAAACCCUUUUUCUUUCCCAUUGGUAAAAUCCCAAAGUCGAAAUCCCUAAAAAUGAUACUCCGAUCGCUCCUCCGAUCAACCGCCGCCGUGCCGCCACACUUGCAUAUCUCCUUUCGCCGGGGUCUGGCUGCGAAAGCUCCAAAGCCGCCGGUCCCUCCCAAAGGAAAGAAACCACCGCAGAAAUUCGAUCCGAGGGAAGAAAUGCAGGCGGCGACCCCGGAGUUUUUGGCCAAAGAAGAGGCGCAGCUCCGCCGCCGCCAGUUGGCUGAGGAUGAGAAGAAUCCAGCUCUUGACGUUGGACCUAAUGGCCGCCCCCUUUUUACCUCUGCUUCUUCCCUGUCCUUGCUUACAAAUGAGAAUGUCAACACUUACUUCAAAUUCAGCAUGGAAGAGCUAAAAGAGGUGUUUCCGGAGGGCAUACCAGUGGGGAUGCUCACGGAAUUUGAAGAAUCUUGCAGGAGUGCCUUGCUGGUGAGACAAUGUUUCAUUGAUCUCCGAGAUAAUUUCAGAAAAGUUGCUGAUCCUUCAAAUAUAGCUAAUUCCAAAGAUCCCAAAGCCAGGAAGCAAAUUAUACUCGAUGGUCCUGUGAGUUGUGGGAAAAGUAUAGCACUUGCAAUGCUUGUUCAUUGGGCUCGCAAGGAAGGAUGGCUAGUGCUAUAUGUCCCCAAAGGUCGAGACUGGACACAUGGUGGGCUAUUCUAUAAAAAUCCUCAGACUGGUCUAUGGGAUACACCUGUGCAGGCGGCGAACAUUUUGCGUGAUUUUUUGAGGUAUAACAAACCUUGCUUGCAAGGGCUAGAAUGCAAUAUACAUGAUCCUAUACCAUUGGGUGAGGGUGCUGGUGUUGGGCCGCCAAAGGGUAUUGAUAACAUGCCAAUUUCCGAAAGGAUGACACUCUGCCAGCUUGUUGAAGCUGGAGUCAGUAACACAUAUGCUGCUGUUGGAGUGGUAGUUCGAUUGAGAGAGGAAUUGUCAAAGGUGACAAGGAUCCCGGUCCUUCUUGCGAUUGAUCAAUAUAACAGCUGGUUUACAUUCGCUGGAUUUGAGGAACCAGUAACCGUUCGGUCUUGCAAACCCAUUCAUGCAAGAGAAGUUGCUACGGUUAAUGCAUUUAGGUCAAUGAUGCACGACAAUAUGAUGGUGGGGGCUUUUUCCCACUCAACUGCUGUAGGGAAAUUGCGGCAAGAAUUGCCGGAUGUUCCUGUUGACGCCCGAGUGUAUCUCCCUCGCUACAAUUUAGAUGAAGCCGAGACUGUCUGCCACUACUAUCUCAGGCAACGAGUGAUGAAACGAGAAGCAUUCACGGAAGAAAAUUGGAAAAAGAUAUUCUACUUAUCCAACGGAAAUGGAACAGAGAUGCGACGCUUAGUUCCGUUUAUGCGUUGAUAGGUAAUUCUUGUACUGAUAUUUGUUUUCCCAUUCCCGCCGGGUUUAAAGUAGAGGUCGGGGGAGUUAUGGAAGUUCUCCAACCCCGACCCCCCGGAUAUUUUUCCCGGAAAAUUUAUUUCUUGCUUUCAUAAUGUAGACGACUACUGCUUCUCUUAGAAUAACGAAUAUCAUUUUUUUUUUUUUUUUUUUGCUUCUUUGUGGUGUUGUAUUCUUUACACUCUUGGGUGGACUUCG